AGCCUCAGCGUCGAGGGCGCGCGCUGGCUCGGCCGCCCCCCCCCCCGCCCCUCGGGGCGCGCGCGGGGGGAUGCAGGCGCCAAAGCGCGCCAGCGCGCCUUGGCGCGGCACUGCGGCCAUGGGGGACUCCCAGCAGGUGGCCGACCAGGACGAAGACCUGAUGUUCGAGUCGUAUGAGAGCGACGCCCCGCCCGAGGCUGGCGACGGGGUCGCGCAGUCCGUGUCGCUCAUGCGAUCCGAUCGGACCUACCAGCGCUCGACGCGCCCCGCGAACGACGGCGCGCUGCGGGAGAUGGCCAUGAACGUGCAGGCCCUGCUGGCGGGGCAGAGGAGGGCCGAGAAGCUCCUGGACAGGCUCGCGCGGACGAGGCCGACGGUUGCGGUCGCCUCCGACGACGACCUGGGCCUGCCCGCGAGAUUUUCUACGCAAAGCAUGGAUGUGAGCAGCAUGAACGCGACUUCCGAGGGCGUGGCGGACGAGGACGCCGACCGAAGCCCGGCGGCCAUGCGCAUGGGGCCCAUCCUGAGCCACCAGCUGGGGCGCUCCACCAGUGGCAUGGUGGGCCAGGAGUCCAGGCUGGGCGUCGGCGAGGACGAGCACGUGGCGUCGGGCCUCCCCGACUGGUUCCUGAACCUGCAGGUCCAUGACCAAAUACACUGCGGCAUCGACCUCGACAUGAUCCAGAAGUUCACCCAGACCUCGAGCACUGGCCGCCUGCUGACGUGCGACCUGAACAAGAGGGAGAACCCGAGGGUGUUGUCGCGCAGCGGCAGCAGGCAGUUCUUCUUCGACGCUGAUGCACACAGGCACAGGCCGGCGCGCUUCGUUCUGAAGCCGUCCUCGCAGCUCCGCCUCGCUCUGGACAUCUUGAGCAUGGUGGUGCUCGCGCACGAUGCGGCGACGAUCCCCUUCCUCCUGGCGUUCGAGGUGCAGCACGCCGGGGCCGUCCUGUGGUUGUCCUGCCUGUCGGCGGCCUUCUGGACGACCGACAUGCUCGUGCAGUUCAGGACCGGCUACUACCAGGACGGGGAGCUGGAGAUGAGGCCCUCGCAGAUCUCCCGCAACUACCUGCGGAGCUGGUUCUUGCUUGAUUUCGCUGUCCUCGUCCUGGACGCGGC